AUGUUUCGUGCCUAUAAUCAUCAUCAACAUUUACGUUUGAACCCUAAUGAUAUUUGGCUUACGAUUGAUCAAGGUGUUAGUCAUCAUAUUAAUUAUAGUGCAGAGAAAUUCCAUAAGAAAUUCGUUCAACAUGAAGAAAAAGAAGAUGUUAAAAUCAAUGCUGGCGAUAUCUUAGACCUAAUUCUACUUAAAAAUACCAUUGAAGUAAUUGUUAUUCUCGGGUGUGGAGUUCCAAAAGUUACACUUGAAGUUACACUCGAAGAUUGGAUAAAGCUUCAGAAAAAUGACAUUAAGAAACUUAAAUUUAGAAUUAGACUUUUGGCUGGAUCGUCUUGA